AUGCAAUCCUCUGCAUUUGGUGCGGCUCGUCAAGAAAAGUCUUCUUAACGAUCUCCAUUCGUAGAACGUCACGCGGAAGUGAAUCACCGAUAUUCGCGGCAGAAAAUGCAAAUUUUCGAGUAGCCGCGGUGAAAAAAGUGAGUGUCGUUGUCUCGAAUGGUUCUUGAGCCCCGGUGAACGUCGUGAAAUUCCACGAGUAACGCUUACUGGGUGGGCAAAAUUGAUUUUCAAAGUGACCGUCGGGUGCCUGGCGAAUGAACGCCUCUGACGCUUUCGGUAUGAGUUAGCAGCAAGCGCUGCGCAGAGUUUUAGAUUUAUUCGCGUUAACUGUCGAGUAAAAGUUUUGUGAAAACUACGUUAAACAAAAAAAAAAUAUAUAUAUAUACACGUAUAAAUAUAUAUAUAUAUUAUAUAUAUAUGAAGUAAUAAUAUAGUGCAAAAGGUGUGUACCAGCAAAUGGAAAAAGCGAGAAGAGCCGACCUUCGCUUUUAAUGAAAGAAAGGAGCGAAGGAGGCUAUACGCGUACAUACCGGUUCAGACUCUCUCUCUCUCUUUCUCUUUAUCUCGUCAAGCAGUACUUGAGAUAUUCCGCGAUUCUCGAGGUUCGUUCACGACAUCGGUAAGGUGUUACCCGGGUAAUAUCUGAAAAUGGUGUCGCGGGAAUCGCGGUCCCGACGGCGAUCGUCGCGAAAUCGCGCGGUCGGGCCUUUACGUGACCUUGACGUACCCGUUACUCGGGCCACAAAUUCCGUGUCGCGUUUCGGUGUGGCCACGAGUCGUACGCGACAAGAUGUCCUCCGACGCUUACCGAAAAGGUGACGUUCCGCGCAACGACGUCCCCGUGGACGUCGCGAACGGUCGCGAAAUAAACGAGAAAACCGUUUCGACUGCGCGCGACGCCGAUGCUCGUUGGAAUUUUCUCGCCCGUGUGUUACCGUCGGUGUAACAUUCGCGAGCGGUUUACACCGUGUACACGUAAUUCGGCUGCGCGAGUGCCGCACGGUACGGCAUUACCCGGGUAAUGCCUCGAGACAAACUUCGCGCUCUGUCCGUACUUCGGUUUCGAUGAAAGAAAUAUAAAAAAAAAGAAAAAAGAAAUGAAAAAUAAUGCGCGAAAAACUUGGACACGAGACAAACCUUCGGUUUCUCGCGUGCCGCCGCGACGCACGCCUUUGAAAGGCGAUCUCUGAAUUUGGUUCGACUCAUUCAAUGUCCACGCGACCAACAUUUAUGGAUCGUGGAUCGAAGCGUACUACAAUUCUGGACAUGCGGAGAUAUGGCGAUGGCCAGUCGACCCAAAGGACGAGUAGCACUGGUUCUUCUAGCGAAUCUCAUGGCGAUUAAUCCGACGUAUUAUCAUCUUUAUGGCCGUUCUGUCGUGUUCUGAGAAUUAACGUGUUCACUGAUCUCGCAGGAGUUCGGAUCAGCAGUGUUUACGCUCCUCCAGUGUCUUCGAGUGUAACACAUCUGUAAGGAAUGUCACGGGACUAUGAUAGACGAAGAGGAGGAAGCGGUAGUGGUAGCAGCUCUAGUAAGUUACGGAUGGAUACCAAUGUAUCGCAGCCCAGACCACACGGAGAAAAUUCUGGGAAGCGGAGAGAAUUUGAUAGCGUAAUGCGGAAAGCUCGCGAGUCUCGAUCAAGUUAUUGGAAUAAGAAGCUUUUGGAGGUAGAGGAAAAAGACCCGAACAGGUGGAGACACAGCGGAUACAAGGAGUUGUACGUUGGAGGGACGACAAGCGGAGAACCCAGCAGGGGACAUCCUCGCAGUCCGAGAAGUCCUAGACCUAGGAGUCCUCAUAGCCCAAGACCGCGUAGUCCUCGAACUAGAAGUCCGUGUUCGCCUCGCGAAAGAUCGCAUAACCGAGGAAGACCCGCGCGCAGUCCAAGUACAGGCAGUACUUGCUCUGAUCGGUCAUGCAGCGUUUGUUCGCCGAAAGAACGACGCCGCAUUGCCCAGCCUUCUCGUUCGCGUUCAAGAUCGCUGACACCGGUUCGAACUCGGCCGCAUCCGAAAGAAGUAGUGCCGUCGAGUUCUCGAGUAAUACCACCCCGUACUAGACCGCGAUCACCUCCUUUGCCGCGUCCACGCACACCUCCACCCGCGCCACAACCUCCGCCGCGUCAUCAAAAAGACUACAAAACGAUUAAAGAAAAAGAAGCCAAAGUUCGACGCAAAGAAAAGCAGCAUCACGCUAGAAUCCCUGAAGAUCCACGGGUCCCAGAUCCAAUUCCAUUGAUGCGUAAGCCGGUAAAGGUAGAGAAAACUCAUUCGAGUCACGGACCAGCGCAAAUGAUCAGGCCUCCUCCUGAAUCCUCGCCCAGCGAAGACAGCGAUAGCUCUUCCACUACGUCGCACGUGGGCCCGCCUAGGAUGACGUUAUCAGAACGCUUUGGUAAAAUGGCACAGUGGAGCGUAGAUCGUCGAGACAUGGAAAACAUGCGUAUAACUAAGGAUGGAGAAAAUGCAAUGAAAGUUGUAAUAGAGGGUGAAGAAAGAAUCGCGAGAUUAGGAUACGAUUCUCCACCGCCAGGACAUUAUCCUGAAUCGCUCUUAGCACAAGGGCCGAGAGGUCUCGAAUGUUGGGACGAUGUACGUGUUAGAUACGAUUAUUAUAAAGCGAGAGGAUACCUUCGACACCUUACUUUAGACGACUACAUAAAGUGGGAAGAAUGGUGGUACAAAUAUCAAGAAUGGUUAGAAGCUGAGCGUUUUUAUGAACAAUGGGCCUCAUCAAACCGUCCUACUGGUGGAAGUCGCAAGAGACGCGGUCGACGCAAUAACGCUGCUCACUGAAAUUUUCGCAAGACCGUUACAAAUCAUUCUUGAUUCAUAGACAUUGUCAUCAAUAAAACAUACUGUAAUAUUUGUUGUGCUUAGAAAGGACUUCGAACGGUGUGCAAACGCUCUAUACAUACAUAAGUACAUACAUAUAUAAACACACACACGCGCGUAUAAAUAUUAUAUAUAUAUACAUAUAUAUAUAUAUAUA